CAAUCACCAACCUGGCUUAAUAACCCGAAGAUGACGACGGCGAUUCUGAAAAACCCUAGAAUUGUUGUUAAGCUGAAGCGACGGGCAUCGGAUCUCGAUCGGAGGUUACUAUUCCUCAUUCUCUUCCCAAUCUCUCUUCUGAUCAUCGCCUCCCUCUCUCCCUUCUCCGCUGCCGUCCGAUCGAUCCUCGGCGGCUUCGCCUCGCCGCCGUCGCCGUCGCCGCCUGGGAAUGAGAAGUCGGCGGAGUUGAGGCGGUCCAGGAUCGCGGUUUGCUUGGUAGGCGGGGCGCGGAGAUUCGAGCUCACCGGGCCGUCGAUUAUCCAGAAUAUUCUGAGAGUGUAUCCCAACUCCGACCUUUUUCUUCACAGUCCUUUGGAUUCGAAUGCGUACAAGCUCUCCCUGCUCAAAGCAGCCCCGAGAAUCGCCGCCGUGAAAAUCUUCAAGCCCGCGCCGAUUGACGAGACCGAGGCACGAACCCGAGUUCUCACGGCGGCCUAUUCGCCCAAUGGCAUUCAGGGCUUGUUACAGUAUUUCAACUUGGUAGAAGGUUGCCUGACAAUGAUUCAAGAUCAGCAGCUUAAGAGCAACUUCACUUACGACUGGAUUAUUCGGACCCGAGUCGACGGAUACUGGUCCGGUCGCCUGAGCGAAGACCACUUCAUUCCGGGCCGGUACGUUGUCCCAUCCGGUUCAUCAUACCGGGGACUAAACGACCGUUUCGGCAUCGGCGAUUUCAACACCUCAACGGCGGCUCUCUCCCGCCUCUCCCUAAUCCCCCAGAUCGAUUUAGCCGGGUAUAAGCUCAUGAACUCCGAAUGUGCAUUCAAAGCCCAACUCGAAACCCAAAACGUCUCGUAUUCGAUUCGCCACAUCCCCUUCUGCGUCGUCACGAAUCACAGGUACGAGUUCCCUACGUCGUCCCCAUUUUACGUGCCGGUGGCGGAGAUUUUUAGCCGGAGUCCCUUGAGUGGCGCGAAAUGCAAGCCGUGCACGCCGUUUUGCGGCGGGGCGUGCGUUGGGUCGGUGAUGAGCGGGCUUGAGGAAGGGUGGGGUUGGAGCGGUUGGGGGAAUGACACGUUGCGGCUUUGCGAUGCCAAUGCGGAUUGGGAGGAGGGGUGGGAGAAGUUGUUUGAUGAAGGGGUUGGUAAGAAGCUGGCUUCGGCUAGGAAGCGUGUAAAGAGGUUGGAUUUCAGACGGUGUGUUAACGACUUUGGUGUGAUGAAAGGGAAAACGACUUCUUGGGUCGCUCCUCCCCUGGAUCAGAUUUGUCAACUAGGGUUACAAUCCAUUUAGGGUGUUUAAGUUAUGCUUAUUCAUGAGAGUUGUCAAUUGAUCUUUUUGAUGUGAGUAUUUAUUGACUAAAGUUACAAUACAAAUUUUGAUCAUUAAAGGACACUAGUAGAUCGAGUAGUUGGUUCAUCUACAUAUACAUGUACAAAUAAUACUUAGAGCAUUCAUACGAAUUGAGUUUUUAGAUCGGUUUUUGAGGUGCCAACCAAGAGAUCAGAAUUGGUUGCUACGCACACGACCACAUGCAAGGGAUAUUUGCAUAUGGUAAGAUCCACUUUUCUAAUAAAAACCAACUUCUUGUAGGAGGGUUUUUAAUUUUCGCUCUUCAUUACUUCUCUCAUCCACAUCAUUCACAUUUUGUCAAAACUUGAUUCAAAAUCAACUAAUGUGGAUGACCUUAGACAUCCCAUUAUCAUC